UAUUGUAAGGAAUAGAAGUGAUAGAUCAUGGAAAAUACGUACACGCACAUAUGUAUAAGCGAUGACUUUAAGAAGUAUAAAUAGUGCUUUAUUUCUAAAUUUAUUGAAAUAAAUUUUAAUUUUAAUUUGAAGAAAAAUCAAAGUAAAACUGUAAAAGACAACCGACACCGGCAGCUGGCAAAUUCCGGAAAGGAACUAGGUUCAAAAAUAAGGUUGGUGUAAAAGAUUCUGUGCUUGAGGCCCAAAGUGGUCCUGCGCUGGGAUCAAGGAAUCAACGCUUAAGACUCAAAAGCAAAUAAUCUGAACCCGAACUCCAGUAAUGCACAGUAUGAUUGGAAAUUGGAGCCUACACUCGGAUGCACAGUCACUCUAACCCCAACACCCACAGGCCACGCUGGUUUUCUCCCAGAUCCCCCUUGAGAAAUCACGGUGUAGAAAUGGGGUCUGGAGCCAGAAAUUUCCUCAGGGUGCUUCUCAGCAACUUCGAUGUUCUUGCUGGCCCCUUGAUCAGUCUCGUCUAUCCUCUAUAUGCCUCAAUUAAGGCAAUUGAGAGCAAGUCUCCUGUGGAUGACCAGCAAUGGCUCACUUACUGGAUUCUCUAUUCCAUGAUCACCCUAUUUGAGCUUACUUUUUAUAAAGUUCUUGAAUGGAUACCUAUCUGGUCAUACGCAAAGCUGAUAUUAACCUGCUGGUUGGUCCUCCCCUACUUUAAUGGUGCUGCCUAUGUUUACGAGCAUUAUGUGAGACCCUUGUUUGUCAAUCCUCAGACUAUAGUAAAUGUCUGGUACGUCCCAAGAAAAAAGGACUUCUUCAGUAAGCCAGAUGACAUUCUAACUGCUGCAGAGAGGUACAUUCAACAGCAUGGAACAGAAGCAUUUGAAAAUAUGAUCAACAGGGCUGAUAAAUCAAGGAGGAGGAAUGAUGGCUAUACAGCGUAUUAUGAUCACAGUUAUGGAUACUGAGUAUUGUUUCUUCAAUCAUGUAAAAUGCAGUAUUGUAGCAUAUCUUGGAUGAUAGGAUGGGUUUCAUGGACAUGUUCGCCCGGUUCUUUUACUUUGUUUUCUUCUUGUCGUUGGGGAUAGUUGAUUUUUCCCCGUGUCCUCGCUUGUCUUGUAUGGUAUUCGAUAGUAUGUAAUUAUCCCAGGCUUGGUCAUACGUUUGAACUCCCAUGGUCGUGACACCAAGGUACAUAGAUAAUGGAGGUACAAAAGCAGCUGUGUUGAUAUUA